ACCAACCUUGGACGGACCCCUGUUUUGGGGGGAGUUACUCCCACCCACUUUCAAAAAUUUGCAACUUCGAUUAAAAGAAAUGAGAGACAGGGAAUCAAGACGAGGAGAUCCCCGGUGUAUCCAUGCCCAGGCUAUUAAAUCUAAAAUUGCAUCAGAACAUCGUUUCUUAUUCCAUGAAUUAAUCACACAUUAUUCCAAAUCGAACAAAUUAUCUUAUGCUCAACGUGUGUUUAAUCAAAUCCCUGAACCUAACGUUGUAUCAUGGACAGCUCUGAUUUCAUCAUAUAUAAACACUAGCAACGCCUUUCAUCACUUCAUUUCCAUGCUUCGCCAUCCUACAUUACCAAACCAAAGAACUUUAGCUCCUCUAUUCAAAACCUGUGCUUCACUCUCGACACUACAGAUUGGCAUUCAACUUCAUUCUGUCUCUCUAAAACUCUCCCUCUGUAACUUGUGUUAUACUGGUUCAUCACUCAUCAGUUUCUAUACAAAAUGCUCGUUGCCAAACGAAGCGUUGAAAGUGUUUGAUAAAAUUCUUGAAAGAGAUGAAGUUUGUUAUUCUUCAAUGAUUGUGGGUCUUGCUCAAAACUCUCAACCUUCAAAAGCUCUUAAGUUAUUUUCUGAAAUGAAUAAUUCUUCUACUGUUAGUUCAAAUAUGUAUGGUAUUUCUGGUGCGCUUCGAGCAACGGCAGAAUUAGCAGCACUUGAACAGUGUAAAAUUAUUCAUGCACAUACAAUACUUACUGGGUUUCAAACGUAUCUUGUUGUGGGUAAUGCUUUGGUUGAUGCUUAUGGAAAAUGUGGUCUCAUUGCUGAUUCUCGUAAUAUCUUUAAUCAGUCAUUACCGAAUGCGAAUAUUUUUCUGUGGAAUUCGAUGAUGGGAGCUUAUGCUCAACAAGGAGAUAAAAAAUCUGUGAUUAAGCUGUUUUAUGACAUGAAACUCAGAGGUUUUUCUCCUGAUGAGUACAGUUUUCUUGCGUUACUUACUGCUUGUAGUAAUUCUGGUUCAGUUCAUGAAGCUGAAAAAUGGUUGAGUUGUAUGAAAGAUGAUUAUGGGGUUGAACCACAGCUUCAACAUUAUACAUGUUUUAUAAAUGCAAUGGCAAGAGAUGGACGGAUUGCGGAAGCUAAGGCACUGGCUAUGAAAAUGCCAUUUGAAGCCGAUGCUGCUGUGUGGAGAUCAUUAUUGACUGCUUGUGCUGUUCAUGGUGCAUCAGAGGUAGCUCAAGAAGUAACUCAAAGACUACUACAACAUAACCCACGUGAUGAUUCAGCAUUUGUGUUACUUGCUAAUGUAAAUGCAACUGCAGGAAAAUGGGCUGAAGUGGCAGAAGUGAGGAAGCUAAUGAGACGGCGAGGAGUGAGAAAGGAAGGUGGGAUGAGUUGGAUCGAAUUUCAAGGCGAAGUUCAUGUGUUUUUAGCUGGGGAUAGAAACCAUGAAAGGAUGAAUGAGAUAUACGCCAAGUUAGCAGAGUUGAGGGAAGAGAUAAAAAAAUUGGGAUACAAAGAGGCAGUUGACGAAAAGUUGCAUGAAAUGGAAGCAGCGGAUAAGAGAGAGUUGCUUUGGUCUCAUAGUGAAAAGUUGGCGCUGGCGUUUGGGGUAGUGAGUGGAGCAGCACCACCGGGUAAGGCUCUUAGGAUUCUGAAGAAUUUGAGGAUUUGUAAGGACUGCCAUGAGGCUUUCAAGUGUAUGAGUAUAGUGAUAAAGAGAGAAAUUGUUGUUCGUGAUGUUAACAGAUACCACAGAUUUGUUCAUGGAAACUGCAAUUGUGGAGAUUAUUGGUGAUCCGGCGAAGUUGAAUAUAAUAAUGAUGAGUUUCAAUAAAAAUGUGUUCGAACCUGAAAACCCUUGGAAUUUUUUUUGGAAAUAUCUACUCGUUCUUCUAAUAUGAGAUUUCUGUUUUAUGCAUUAUGCAAUGGAGCUAUUGGACUCAGAGUUCCCAUUGCACGUGUAAAGUAUUUGUACUCAUUAUUUGAUCACGAGUCGGCAUCUAUCAAAAAUCACUUGUUUAGCCAUUGUUACAGAGAGUUUACUUCUUAUGUUGUACAUCUGAAACCUUUACCAGUAGAGCUACGAUAAAAUAAAGGAGCUUUAAACCCACAGAUUUUAACAGAGUAAUGGGCAACAGAGAAAGGAUGCAAGACAUUGGCAACCAAAUUAUCAA